AUGGCAGCAAUGUUACAAGCUCCUUUGCGAGCUUUACGAGCUCCUUUCCGUGUCGCAGCUGUUUCUCACUGCAAGGACCUGUUAUCAAUAGCCUGGCAAGACGGUAAGCAGAGCAACUUCCCAAAUAUCUGGCUUCGAAGUGCAGCGCGCGAUCCCGAAGUUUUCGAUGCCGGUUCUUUGCUGUAUAAAAGAAAUGACUACGUUGAGUUUAUCUGUAAAGAAUCCCCGUUGGUUCGUGCAGAACACGAGAAGGGAAGCGAGGAUAUUCUUGUUGAAUGGGGAGACCAUCUUGGUACUUUUAAUGCUUCUUGGCUUCGUGCUCAAGACCAUAAUAUCAACAAAGAUCUUUGCAAGAAACGCGACUUCACUGUUUGGGAUGCCAACUUUAAGUUCCCAGUUUAUAACUACUCUGAAAGAAUGGAAAAUUUCRACAGCUGGUUUGGGGACUUGAGGAAGUACGGCUUGGCAAUUUUCCAGGGAGUACCCCCAAAUGAAGCAGGUAUUUUAGGUCUACUUCACUCGAUUGGUCAAGAAGCUCAACGCUACCACCCCACCAAUAUAUUACAUAUCGUAAAGGACAGCAAGGAGGAGAGCUCUUAUGAAAGUUAUACCUACGCGCCAAAGGUCCACCCAAUGCAUGUGGACACCCCCUAUUAUGCAUCAAUGCACAGAUUGACGGCCUUGGUAGGAAACCGCUACAGCGCUCCGACCCAAGACACAUACAGUCUUUUCGUUGAUAACCUGAAGGUUAUUGGAGACAUCCGUCGAGAAGAGCCCGAGGCUUAUGACCUGCUUCGCACGAUACCGGUGCGUCUGGGAAGGAGACGACUCAGGACAGUCCUUGACCAUUGUCAUGCUGAUGAACACUAUAAGUAUCACCUAGACAACGUGGUAUAUAAAACAAUGAUCGCCUAUGACGAAAGAGAAAAGCUUGACUGUAUCAACAUGACGAACAAACACGCAGGGGUAGAUUUCAGUGUCUUCAAAGACCAUACAACGAUGAAGAAGCACUAUGAUGCGUACAGGCUGCUGCAGAAAAAGCUAGAUGAGGAAGCGAACCAGCAACGACUUAUCCUGAAAGAAGGAACCGCUGUUCUUAUGAAUAAUGGGCGCAUCAGCCAUGGACGACAAGAUAUCCAUGCUACUACCGAGCGUUAUGUUCUGUCGGCUUUUCUCUCCGAGAGGAUGUGGGAUACGAGAUGGCGAAUCCUGAAUGGGCAAAAAUCAGGUCUCGAAGAGAAAUGGCUGUAUGGAUGUUCGCCUGAACAACUGGAGAUACUCGCAGACAGAAAGGGAGAAUAG